AUGAGAGAUACUCAAACUAUCGCUAUGGCUUACCAUCCACAUUAUUCAUCCACACCUGGUGCGUUUGCAACAGCAAGCCUCGUGCGCCCAACACCGAGCUUCCAAGAGCCGCUCUUGAACCACAGCACUGCGGAUCCCACGCACGCUUCUUUGAGACGUACUCAAGAAAUUUUAUCAGAAGAGCCGAGUGACGACCCGAAGGUCACACUUGAAGCAAAGAAUCUAUGGAAAUUAUUUCAUAAAAUAGAAACUGAGAUGGUCAUUACCAAAUCUGGAAGGAGAAUGUUUCCUCCGUUUAAGGUGCGCGUAAGUGGCCUGGAUACAGCUGCAAAGUAUAUCUUGUUGAUGGACAUAGUUUCCGUGGAUGACUGCCGUUACAAAUUUAACAAUUCCCGUUGGACAGUAACAGGGAAAGCUGACCCAGAGAUGCCCAAACGCAUGUAUAUUCACCCGGACAGCCCGUCCAAAGGAGAGCACUGGAUGUCCAAACCUGUGGCCUUUCAUAAACUCAAACUCACUAACAACACAUCAGACAAACACGGAUUUACAAUUCUUAAUUCGAUGCAUAAAUACCAGCCCCGUUUCCACAUCGUGAGAGCCAAUAGCAUCAUGAAGCUUCCCUACUGCACUUUCCGAACAUAUGUCUUCCCAGAGACUGAGUUUAUUGCUGUCACAGCUUAUCAAAAUGAAAUGAUCACACAACUCAAAAUAGACAACAACCCAUUUGCCAAAGGAUUUAGAGACACAGGAAAUGGAAGAAGAGAAAAAAGCACGUCAUUCCACAGGAAUAAAUCUUUUUCGUCUCUAGAAGAUGAUUCACGCCAAACUGAGCAGAACCACAGUGACUCUGAGGACUCGUCUGAACUAAUGUCUGCAUGUGACUCACUUUACUCUCCUCUGGAAGUGGUUAGCAGUCCCCUGAUGUCACUGCACACUCAACAAGGAGAAAUGUGGAGUGAUUGUUCCAGUACUGAUAUCAUAAAUGGAUCAACACCUGAUGAUGCACACUCGGCAAUCAAGGACUCCAUGAGAUAUACUGAAGACAGAAAUAUUUCAUUUCCACUUCACACUGGUCUGUCACCUUAUGGCGAACUCCAUCCAUACCCACCUUGCUUCUUGUCUUCUACUCUUGUGGCUCCAGCUCUUUCCACCGCCUCUGUGACUUCCACUUCACCACCACACCUCUCCUUCCACAGCUCUCACCCCUGGAUGAGACCGGGUCCUUAUCAUAUUCCUGUAUCGCUCAACUCCAGCACAAACCUGCAGAUGGACAGAAAACGUAAUAAUUCACAGCGCAAAUCAAGCCAGAAAAUUGAUCACAUAAGUGUCAGUGGAUCUGUGCUCUAG